UUGAGCAGAUUGGGGCCAAAGAGGGAAGGAGCAGUGAGGGCAGGGCCUUUGUCUCUUCCUAUUAAUAUUCAGGAUCAUAAGGACAGACUGGUGCUCAUUUCUUAGCAUUCAAACAAGUUGGACAGACAGGAUAGAAGCAUGGCAGUUUUAUUUGGAAGCUACAGUUUACCAUUUCUGGGAGCUAGCAUCUUCAUCGCAGCUCUGACCUACAUCACCUACAAUCUGCUGAGCGGUUACCUCCAGAAGUGGUUUGGGAUGAAACCUAUUCCAGGGACGGGUUCCACGUACCCCUUAAUUGGAGACGCACUGAUGUUCAAAACCAACGCAGGAGAUUUCUUCAGUCAGAUUGUGGGUUUUACACAGGACUUCAAAGAUGCGCCGCUGUUUAAGAUCUGGAUUGGACCAAUUCCCUUUGUUGUCAUUUUUCAUGCUGAAAAUGUUGAGAAGAUUCUGGGCAAUCCUGUUCACCUCACCAAGGCUUUUGCUUACAAAUUUCUCCAUCCUUGGCUUGGAACCGGCCUUUUGACCAGCACUGGGCAAAAGUGGCGACAGAGAAGAAAGAUUCUGACUCCAACCUUCCACUUCUCCAUCCUCACCGACUUUCUACAAGUGAUGAAUGAACAGGCGGAGAUCCUGGUGGAGAAGCUGGAGAAAAAGGCGGGGAAAGGUUCUUUCAACUGCUUCAGCGACGUCACCCUUUGUGCGCUGGACAUAAUCUGCGAAACUGCGAUGGGAAGGAAAAUUUAUGCACAGAGUGAUUCAGAGUCAGAGUAUGUCAAGUGUGUUUACAGGAUGAGUGACAUCGUCAGCCACAGACAGAGGACGCCCUGGUUUUGGCCCGACUUCAUCUACUACUACUUCGGUGAGGGGAAGAACCACGACAAGACGCUGAAGAUCCUCCAUUCCUUCACCUACAAGGUGAUAAAGGAAAGGUCUGAAAACUUGUCCUACAUUGAAUCAGACAGCGACUCUGACCACGGCAAGAGGAAGCGACAGGCUUUUCUGGAUAUGCUCCUGAAAACCACGGAUGAAGACGGCAACAAGCUGAGCCAUCAGGACAUCCAAGAGGAAGUGGACACCUUCAUGUUUGAGGGUCAUGACACCACGGCUGCCUCCAUGAACUGGGCCCUCCACCUGCUGGGAACCCACCCUGAGGUGCAGCAAAAAGUUCAACAAGAGCUGCAUGAAGUGUUUGGUUCGUCGGGCCGACCCAUCAACAUGGAGGACCUGAAGAAGCUCAGGUACCUGGAAUGUGUGAUCAAGGAGGCUCUGCGGCUGUUUCCUUCGGUGCCUUUCUUCGCUCGAAGCCUCUGUGUCGACUGCAAUCUGAAUGGUUUUAAAGUCCCCAAAGGAGCGAAUGUGAUCAUCAUCAGCUACGCUCUUCACCGUGAUCCGCGGUACUUCCCAGAACCGGAGGAGUUCCGGCCGGAGCGAUUUUUUCCCGAGAAUUCAGCUGGAAGGCCUCCGUACGCAUAUGUCCCGUUCUCCGCCGGACUCCGCAACUGCAUAGGCCAACGUUUUGCGCUGAUGGAGGAGAAGGUGGUCCUGGCCUCCAUUCUGCGUAACUUCAACGUGGAGGCCUGUCAGAAACGUGAUGAGCUUCGUCCGGUAGGGGAGCUCAUCCUGCGGCCAGAGAACGGCAUUUGGAUCAAACUGGAGAAGAGGGAACCGCUGGCUUCAUAAUUCAGAUUCUUGUCAUCCAUUCAUUCAAUUAUUCAUGAUGUUAAUUUUGUAAAUUGAAAGUUGUUGAAACUGAUUUGUAAUCUAAAUGAAUACAAAAAAUGUACCGUUUCUAGGGUAUUUUAUUAUUCUUCUAUCGCUUUUGUAGCACAAAAAAACUUAAAGGGGCGGUAUUAUGUAAAAAUCAACUUUUUUGAGCUUUUAAAUCAUGUAAUGUUAUUCACUCAUCAAAGUCAUAGCUGGAGUUUUGGCUUGAUUCUUUCAUGCAUGUUUUGAGAAUUUAGUUUUUCUUUAAAAUAUUCAUAUUAUAUUGUGGUUUUAUGCCACUAUAAAACGCUGCAUAUGAAAGUGGAUCCUAUCACAGAACAAAAGAGUUGAAAUGAACUGGAGGGAAUUUGAGCCUUUGUUUUGUUAAAAUAAGCACCAGAUGGCGUUAGUGAGUUCAAAGGAGGAAACAGUUACUAUGUGGAAUAAUUUGGGGAUUUCCUGUAAUUGCAAUUGUGUGUAAAACUGUGACGAUAGUGGAAGAAGCCAAAUAGAAAAAGAGCUGUGUUUAUGCUUCAAGAAGUAAAAAUGACAUAUUUCAAUCA